AUGUGUGCUAUUAUUGUAAUCCUUCAAUAGAUUAGUUGUGCGUGGGUGAGAAUAAGUUCAUAUAUAACAACAAUCAAGCAAUUUAGUAACACAGAUACUGAUGGAUUCAUAAGUCAAUUUGGUAAUCCAAAUAUACCUGCUAAUUAUAUGACUUGCUCAGCAGAAGGGAGCUAUAUAACUUUAAAUGCUUAAUCACAAUCAGCAACAUAUAUGAGCAGUUUAUCAGCAAAUUCCUAUUCUAUGUAUUUAAUCACAUAUGAUCUCAAAUUUUUAACUUGUGGAAUAACACGGAUUUUGUAUCGUACAGUAUUGGCUCCAAUUAGAAAUUAAUAACUUAUGAUGAGAUCGAAAAAGUAAGUGUUUCUCAAGGAUUUUGCAAUAAUUAGGUUGCAAUCAUUUAAUCUAUCAAUACUACAAUAAAUUCUACUUAUAUUUCUGGUUACCAUAAAUUUGAGAUAAACUCUCUAAGCGCAAAUGUCUCAAUGAAAAAUUUACUCGUAUCUGUCCUAUAGUGUCACUUGCAGAAUAUGUUUCGGAAGCAAAUUAAACUAGUGUACUCAUUGUUUUCUUUUUGGUACUUUUACACCUGAGAACGCAUGUACAUACGUAUGCCCAAGCACAGCUAUGUAUUUUGUUAAAAAUUAGGGUUGCAGGCCUACAUCCCAGAUUAGUUAAUAAAAUAUGUGAAAGGAGUUUGUGAGCCUUAUUCAAGUAUUGAUUAUUAUAAUUAGUUUCCACCUUUCUUAGUCUUUAUAUUUCAUAUUAUAAAUCUACAGAGUAAUUUAAAUGACAAAUUAUUUAUGAUUUUCAGUAAUUAAAUACCAGAAAAUAUACAAUUUGAUGGUUAUUAUAUUUAUGGAUUGUUUAUAAAUAAACAAGGGCUAUAUAGAGUUCUAACAUUGCCGACAAAUCCAGGAUCAUUCAUGAUAGCGUUUACUCUUGAUCUACUGCGCUUUAAUAAAAUGCCACCUUUAAGUAGUAUUCAAUUUUUAAUAAAUGAUAAUUACUAUGGUUAACUAUAUACCGAUGAUUAAGGUAAUUUGAAAGCGGACAAAUUAUUCAGAUAUUAUACUGAAACCAAAUAAAAUACGGUGUUUAAUGGUAUUUGUUAUACUGAUAAUCUGUAUAAUAUUUUAUAUUUCUAUGCCAAUAUAGCAAAUACUGUCAUUAUAAAAAUCAUAGGGAACUAUUAGUAAAUUUAUUUUAUGUUGUAGGGGAUUAAGAAGUUGUUAUGUUUAUUCUGGGUAUUGUCCAAUCAAUUAAUUGCUUGAGAUGUGAAGAAAAAUUUAAAUGCGCUUAGUGCUAAGGUGGAUAUUUGAAAUCCAAAUGGGGGACAUGUAGUUAAUGUUUAGGUUCUUAUUAAUAAAAAAUUAAUACCACCCAUUGUUAGGAAGACGAUGAUCAAACAAAUUGUAAAAAUCAUCAUUAUAUUCGAUUCUAAAUACAUUAUUAAAGAAUUCAUAGGCCUAGAAUUAGAUCUAGAGGCAUACCCAGAAUAUACCCUUUUGAGUGCUGUUGGUUUCUUAAGGGAUCAGGAAUUUAUUAUUCAAUUUGGAAAUCCCAAUAAAGAAUAUUUGAAGGACCUUUUAUUUGGGCAUAGGCAAAGUUUUAAAGAAUUGUUGCAAUAGAAGAUCCUCAUCAUGCUAUAACUAUUUCUUUUUAUGGGGUUUUCGGGCCUAACUUCCCUGAAGAUGGAUCAUUUAUUUUUAGUUUAGAUGGAAUUCCUUAAACAGAAUUGACAUCAAGUAAUUCAACUGAAAUAGUGAUCAAACGUAAAUAAAUCUGUACGUAUAAUAGCAUAACAGUUUAGUUUGAGUGCUUAGGCAUAAUGAACCUAUCUAUGGUUUUGUGGGUUUUAUUAGUUUUAUGUUACUGUUCAUUAAUUCAAACCUAAUUGCAGCUCUUGUUCAAAUGA